GGGGCGCUGGCUGCUUCCCUCUGUUUAUCGGAUGCAGCGUUAAAGAGCUGACGCUAUGGCAUCAGUAAUUUGUUCCAGAGUUUACCCAACUGUGAAGUAGUUGUAACUCGGUGUCAAGGUAAAACACAGUGUUAUUGUGUUGCAGUGUCGGACUGUGCGUGUUCAAUGAGUCAACCUCAAUGCGAAGACCCGUAGGGUUGUUAUCUGGCUAGUGGUCGACAGGUGUGGCUAGCUGCUGGGCUAAGGGACUUACACGUCGUCUGUGCUCAACACAGUCACUAUUAAUGUUGCCUAAAGUAGCGACUGAUUAGCAGACCAUUUUAUGAAUGAGCUCUUGUCUAUGUAUGUUAUAAUUUUAGGAGCCAGUCGUAGCGGCGUCUCCAUCUGACGCGCGUAAAGCUAAUUACGCUGCAGCUGAACGGUGAUGUCAGUGUUAGCAUUGAGGUUAGCAGGGUCUGCAGCCAUUUCAGCUAACCUGUCAGCUCGCAGCUCCAGUCCUCCAGUUGCUGUGUUUUCAUGGCCGUCGGCUUUUCCAUGAAGCCAUGCGCCACUACUGGCUGCUCCUCGGGGCUUGCGGCUGGGUGCUGCUCAUCCUGAUAAUUUUCACCAAGUUAUUCAACUUCAGAAGCGUAGAUGAUUAUGGGAGGAGGAUCAUCGGACAGAGUGGGACAGUGCCUGUGACCAAGAUGGUUAAACCCGUCCUUGUUUCCAGUUCAGACAAACCUACUCCAAAGCCACCAGCCUCGCCCACAGUUGCUCCAACAGAGGCCGCCUGGCAGUCAGUCAUUGACAAGAGAAUCCAGCUGCUCUCUGCUGUGUGUAAGAACGGAAGCCUCACAAAUCUGACUCAUGUCUCCAUCAACAAGUUUGUCCUGGACCGCAUCUUUGUCUGCGACAAACAUAGGAUCUUGUUUUGCCAGACGCCCAAAGUGGGCAACACUCAAUGGAAGAAGGUUCUCAUUGUUCUCAAUGGAGCAUUCUCCACUGUGGAGGACAUCCCAGAAAACCUUGUUCAUGAUCAUGAGAAAAAUGGCCUACCGCGCCUCUCAUCAUUCACACCACAGGAAAUAACUCACAGAUUGAGCACCUACUUCAAGUUUUUCAUUGUAAGAGAUCCGUUCGAGCGCCACAUUUCUGCAUUCAAGGACAAGUUUGUGAAAAAUCCUCGCUUCGAGCCUUGGUACAAGCACGACAUUGCUCCGGCCAUCAUCCGCAAGUACCGGAAGAACCAACGUAACAGCGACCUCACUGCCUCCGGCCUGCACUUCGAGGACUUUGUGCGUUACCUGGGCGACGCAGAAGGGCGUCGGCGCAUGGACCGGCAGUUCGGCGAGCACAUCAUCCACUGGGUGACGUACGCAGAGCUGUGCGCGCCGUGUGAGAUACACUACAGCGUGGUGGGCCACCAUGAGACGCUGGAGAAAGACGCCCCCUACAUCCUCAAAGCAGCAAACAUAGACCAGCUGGUGUCCUACCCAGCCAUUCCUCCAGGCAUCACCCACUAUAACAGGACCAAGGUGGAGCACUAUUUCUCAGGCAUCAGCAAGCGAGACAUUAAGCGUCUGUACGAACGUUACCAGGGUGACUUCCAGCUCUUUGGCUACCAAAGCCCAGACUUUCUACUGAACAAAACUAUAAAUGAUCCUAAAAAUAUUAAAUCGUCUCAACAUCUUUGAUUUACAAAGACGGGUGUAUUGUAGCUCACUGUGCGCCGCACACAAACCUCAAAGGCUUGUAUGCAGCAGAUGGCGCACUGCAAUGGCUCUGAUUGUUUUAGACACUUUUUGGUGUAACUAUCAAGUUGUUGCUAGGACUAACAAGUACUGCCUAAUGUAUUUAACUGUGCUUUCUUGAGGGGUAGAGCUGUAACUGGCAAAUGAUGUGAAGCUCUAGUGCAAUGAGGAGAUGAGGCAGGUUGCCCCAAAAUAAACAAGUACAUGCAACACAGAGGAUUUAGCAAUGAAAAAAAUCUUAUUUUGUUGAUGGUGUGGAGUCGAAGGUUCAUUUUACAGCUCAACUACUGGUGGAGAACAAGUUAUGAACCAAUAUUUAUUGUUUGUCUGAGAUCCUCGUUUCAAAAAUGUACUGAGCAAUACUGGUACGAAGUUGCAUGAGCAAUAUCAAAACGGUCAAAUACUGAACUUAAUAAUAAACGAAGGCGUUGCUCGUGUUCCCAUUCAUACUGUAGCUUUUGCUUUGGGUGUUCUGCCUUUUUUACUCCAUACGUCCAGCUGUUAUUGCACUAGGAGCGUCAAAGGGUGUUGGCACUGAUUUAUGAAAUUUUACUUUUUUUUUUUUUUUAAAUGUGUGUAUAUGUUCUUAACCUGACUUGCAACUCAACAUUUGUACUACGUGUUGUUAUUUAUAUUAUUAACCUGCAGAAUGUCUGAGUUGUAGGACGGCACUGUCUUUUGAGUGAGUGGUUUUCAUAGGGUGACGAGAGCAAUUGGUAAUAAACUCCAAUGCGAAAUCAA